ACAAUGGAGAAUUAUUGAAACGAAUGCCUACCAGAAACCCGCUAGAUUUACACAAAAAGUACCCUUCCAUUCGUGAAUAAUAUCUAAGUUCUCAUAAAAGAUUUAAUCGAGCAUGGAACAUAAUGACGUCUGCCAUCGAGAAGGCACAAAUUGCGACAUAAAAGGUAGCCUAGUUUGACCUUAAGUACAACAAAUUUAGGGAGACAAUUCCUAUAGCUAUAGGCCAGCUCCUACGUUUUGGUAGCGACGCAAUUGUCGCCUAUAAUAAGACUAUAAGAAUGGAAUCCUGGUAUCCGAUGAUAUUCGAAACACAGUGGAUCGGUUUGAGACAUGUGCUUCUGGCGUCCGUUAUUUUGGUGUGUCUGUGGAAAACCGUUGUAGACAGGCGGGUUGUUAAGCUUCCACCAGGGCCUACUGGAUGGCCAUUCAUAGGAAUCCUACCAACAUUGGCUGAUGGUGAGCGCGUGUACAAGAAAUUUACAAAGAUGUCUGCAAAAUAUGGACCGAUUUUUAGCGCUAGAAUGGGCUUAUUCGAUUGCGUAGUGCUGAAUGAUUAUGACAUUAUUCGCGAGGCAACCUGUAAGAGUGGAGACAUGUUCUUAGACAGACCACGAACGCCUCUGUUUGAGAUCUUAGGUGGUGGGAAAGGUAUCGGAGGGGCGUUUUACAGUGAAGGUUGGAAAGAGCAUCGUCGAUUCAGUUUAAAAAUUAUGCGUAGUUAUGGAAUAGGGCAAGCUGAAAUUGAACCAAUGAUAGCGCGUGAAGCCUGGUUCCUGAACAAAGAAUUUGCCAGCGAAAACGGAAAACCGUUUAACCCAACGCCAUACCUCGGCAACGCUACGGCCAACAUCAUUUGUGCGAUCAUAUUCGGCGACCGAUUCAACUUUGACGACCCUUGGUUCGUGAAGAUGAUGUCAAUUUUAAGCGAUAUGGGACAUCUUUUCCGAGUCUCUGGGCCAGUCAACUGCUUCCCAUUUUUGCGCCACGUCCCGUUCAGUUCGUACAAGAAACUACGGAAAUUGGUUGAUGACCAUUAUGUUUUUUUAGAUAAAAAAAUCAACGAGGUUAAAGAGGGAUAUGAGGAAUCGAAUCCGCGACAAUUCAUAGACGCGUACCUAGACGAGGUACGAAAGCGGGAAGUUGACGGAUUUGUCGGAACACUCGACGAAGCACAUCUAAAAUUUGACAUAAGUGAUAUGUUUAACGCGGGAACGGAAACGUCGGCAAACACACUGAAAUGGGCAGUACUUUAUCUGGCUCUCUUUCCUGACAUCCAAGGCAGGGUUCAAGAUGAGAUGGACCGGGUCGUUGGCCGGAAACGAAUGCCUCUUCUUUCUGAUAGAUCUCAACUGCCAUACACUAUGGCUACGUUGGCUGAAGUUCAGCGUAUCGGCUGCAUUGCUCCUUUGAGUGUUCCGCAUGCGGCUACUGAAGACACAACACUUCGUGGAUACGACAUACCAAAGGGAACUAUUGUGACAUUAAACAUCUGGUCGGUAAUGUUCGAUCCAAAGACUUGGCCUGAACCCGAGAAGUUCCGACCAGAACGAUUUUUGAAUGACGAUGGAUGUUAUUCGAAAAAUGAGAGGCUUAUUCCAUUUUCGAUAGGACGCAGAAAUUGUGUCGGGGAACAGUUGGCUGUGAUGGAACUGUUUACAUAUUUCACUCACUUGCUGCACAGAUUUAAAUUAAGGUAUCCGGAUAAUGAACCCCAACCAGAUCUUGAGGGGUUUUUUGGCGCAACACUUGGACCAUACCCGUACAACGUUUGCGCAUUUGAAAGAUUGCUGGAUUUUGACUAUAAACAACCUAUAUUACCCGAUCAAUCGUCUACAUAAACAAUAUAAAUUGGCAUAACUGUUCGAGAGUAUAAAGUAGUGUAGGCCUAUUGACUUGAGAAAAUUCGACGCUUUUGGUAAAUUACCAUAUUUAUGACUUAGGAUAUUUCUCGGUUUUUAUUUUUCUGCUUCCAAGACCUUGCAUUUCAAGCGCAUAGAGACUAUUGUAAUAUGCGCUUAGUAAAUAUACAGCCAUUACCACUACCAUAUCAGAUGAGUAGCUGAAUCGAAAUAUACAGCUUGCUAAAUUAUAAUUCUGAAUAUCCUUACCUUUGCAUUAUAAUUACCUGUACAUUUAUUUCUCACGACGCAAGAGCUGUAAUCCUAACUUGUUUUUUUGUUUUUUUCUUGUUGUUGGUUGAACUCUCACCUGGUUGAACUCCCACCUCCUUUAUUUUUAACUUGUCUCUUGAGCUUGGUAUUGUACAGUCAUUUUACUAAAUUUCAAGUUAUUAAUAAGGGUUUUAAAAAAAAGAUCUACAUAUAGGCCUAUGGCCGUCAUUGAUAUGGUUGAAAAAAUACACGUCGCUAUUGAUAAGGGCGAGUUUUCAAUUUGAAUAUUAUAGACCUCCAAGGCAUUUGACCACUCGAUUCUUUUUUCUAAGCUUCAUCAUUAUGGUAUUAAAGGAACGUCAUUUAAGAGGUUCAAAAGCUAUCUUCACGGAAGGAACAGUAUACUAUAUUAAAUAAUUGCAAGUCCGAUACAAAAAUCAUAAAUUAUUGGGUGUCUCAGGGUGCAAUACUAGGUCCUCUUCUCUUUUUAAUCUUUAUUAAUGACAUUUUUAACUGUUCAACCAUUAUAAACUUCUUCCUACUUGCUGACGACACAAAUUUAAUUCAUUCUCACAAUAAUCUUACAUUUUUAAUUCAGCAAGUAAAUAAUGAAGUAAUAAGAUUCAGUAACUGGUUUUUAUGUAAUAAUAAUAACUGGCACUGAAAAAACAAUUAAAAAUGAACCAAGAUAACCUGGAAAUAAAAUUGAAUGGUGAAAUAAUAAAUAGGGUUACGACCACAAAUUUUUUUUUGGAGUACACAUUGACGAAAAUAUCACAUUUAAGCAGAAUUAAGUAA